AGGGAGGCUGUCUUUGGGAUACAGCAGACUGAGUGAGUGAGGAGGAGAGGGAGCGGGAUGCUGACAGAUUCCUGAUAGAUGGCUAAAAUGGCGAAAGCGUGUUCGACCCCAGCGAGCCACCAAACUGUAGCAGUGUAGGUCGGAACAUGUAGUAGCUGAGGCUGGAUAUCUCUCGUGUGUGUGCUUUUCUUUUUUUUAAAAAAAAACACUCCCUCUUCGUCUAUUCACCUCACGUUGUCUUCUGCAAGUGCUGGAAUAUUUUCUAUAAGUGUUUUAAAUGGCAUCCACAAGGCGCCGCCGCCUUGUUCCGUGCUUUUUGGGAAUACUCCUAAACGCUUUAAUCGGUGUGAUGUGCGAAGCAGAGCUCUCCUUCACACUGGAGCCCACUGACAUCAUCGCUGUACAGGAGCAGCCCCUCAUGCUCCACUGCCAAGUGGACGGCAUCCCCCCAAUUACGACACAGUGGAGGCACAACGGCCUGCUGUUAACUCAGGAUAAGCAUCACACCACCUUCAUCAACGGCUCGCUCCUGAUCGCUCACUUCCAGAAGACCAAAUCCGACGGCUCGUCUGAUGAGGGCGACUACGAGUGCGUGGCCGAGAAUUCUUUUGGGCUGGUGGUGAGCCGCAAGGCCCGUAUUCAGGCAGCCACCAUGGCAGACUUCCAUGUCCAACCAGAGUCGGUGCACGCCGAGGAGUCCGGUGUGGCCAGAUUCCAGUGCCAGAUCCAUGGCCUGCCAGAGCCUGUCAUCAGCUGGGAAAAAGACAGCCGUCCGGUGGACACCGAGGACAAGAGGUACACUCUUCUGCCUACAGGUGUCCUGCAGAUUACAGGAGUGCGUGAGGAGGACAGUGGGAAGUUCUGCUGUGUGGCUCAUAACAGUGCAGGAGUGAAACACAGCACUGAGGCCCUCCUCACUGUUUCAGGCUCUCAGUCAUCUGUUUACAAAGAGCCUAUGAUAGUGGUUGGCCCAGAAAACCUCACCCUCACUGUUCACCAAACCGCCAUCUUGGAGUGUGUUGCUACCGGAUACCCUCGGCCCAUCGUGUCUUGGAGCAGACUAGACGGCCGUCCGAUUGGUGUGGAGGGAAUCCAGGUACUCGGCACAGGCAACUUGAUGAUCUCAGAUGUUGGUGUGCAGCACUCAGGGGUCUACGUGUGUGCUGCUAACAAACCAGGCACCCGUGUUCGUAGGACUGCUCAGGGACGUCUGGUGGUCCAAGCUCCAGCAGAGUUUGUUCAAGCUCCGCAGUCCAUCGCUCGGCCCGUCGGCACCACCGCCAUCUUCACCUGCCAGGCACAGGGCGAGCCCGAGCCCCAGCUCACCUGGCUGAAGAACGGGCAGAUCCUGGAGCCCGGGGGACACGUCAAACUCAGGAACAACAACAGCACACUGACGAUAUACGGCAUUAGCCAGGAUGAUGAGGCUAUCUACCAGUGCAUUGCUGAGAACAGUGCCGGCUCCACACAGGCCAGCGCCCGCCUCACAGUGCUCUGGGCCGAUGGACUGCCCGGUGUGCCCACCAACGUGCAGGCUGAGGCCCUCUCACCCACCAACAUCCAGGUGUCCUGGAAGGAGCCGGAUCAGAACACUCAGGACAUCAUCGGUUACGUGCUCCACAUCCGCAGGACCUCAGACCCAGUGGAGAUGGAGUAUGAGGAGGCCGUGAGUAAGGUGACACUGCAGCAGAUCAUCAGGGACCUGGAGCCCUCAACCAGUUACACCUUCUACGUCAAGGCCUACACAUCCCACGGGGCCAGCAAACCAUCAGACAGUGUCACAGAGAGCACGCAUGGGGAGGUGCCAGCGCCGCCGUCCCUCUACACUAAGGUGGUGAACAGCAGUGUUAUACAAGCAACAUGGGAACCUUCCUCCAAGAUGGGCCAGCACCAAGGCUUCAGACUGUAUUACAGGAGAGCCCACACGCCGCUGUUUACUGGUCCCAUCAGCUUCCCUCGCAACGUCACCCAGUACAACAUCACUCAGCUGGAUCCUUCACUGGUCUAUGAGAUAAAGCUGCUCGCACACAACCAACACGGAGACGGCAACGCCACCCUGCGAUUUGUUUCACUUCGAGAGGCGGUGGAGAAAUCUGUGUUGGACACCCCGUGCGACUGUGUGAAAGACGAGCAGAGCAAAACAUCCACCACAGGCAUCAUAAUCGGCAUUCACAUCGGGGUCACCUGCAUCAUCUUCUGUGUGCUCUUCCUCGUAUUCAGCUACCGUGGCAGGUUAAUGAUGUGUAAGACGGUUCAGGCCACCCCCCAGGCGGGACACAGCGCAGUGCUGGAAUCCUCUUCCUCUUCCCAGGGGGCCUCAGGGCUGAACGGGGCUGCCAGGAGAGAGAUGGAGGUCAAUGGCAGCGCAGUGGGGAAGAAAGUGGCCGACAGCAACGAACUGGAGAGACUUUUUACUCAACCCACCACAGAAGAUACAUGCAUGUCUGACUCCUACGCGCUGAACGACACCCAGCUCUCUACGAUACCACUGGAUGAGUUUGCGCUGGAGCGGGAGACGCAGUUCCAGGAGCCUCCUGCAGCAGGAGCAGGUCGGCAGGACCAAGGCUGAUCAUGUAUGAAGGCCAAUUCACACGACACUGUCCACAGUGUCCACUUAGACUCUUCUCUCACUCAGGUUGACAAGUGUUUCCUUUCAAAGUAGUUUUUCCUUUUGUGCAAAGAUUUUUUUUUUUUUUAAGUUAAGGAGUUCUAGAGGAUCUAGGACCGUAUAUCAGAGUGUUUGGGGCCUGAGGUUUGGGAGAGCUCUCUUCUGACAGACAGCUGUCUCCAGCCAGGCCAGUUAAACGCUCUUUAUUUUUACAAUUUGGUCUUUUGUUAAUUUUCUGGUGUUGGGCAGCACACAGAAUAGAGGCCCCAUAAUGUCCUUGUUAUACAAUGAUGAUUUUAUUUUUAAGUUUAUAAAUAUAUAUAUACAUUUAUAUCUUUAUCAACUAUACUGUAUGUCGAAGUGGUUAUAAGUUAUUGGUCUUAUCUCUACUUUUCUGUGGAUGUCAAAGACUCCUGCUGCCUGAUCUCACCUACCAAUGAUUCCACCUUCUCGCUCACAGAAGACCUCAGCCUUCUGUCUCAGGACUUUGUUUCAGUGAUAUCAACAUUUUUUUAUGAGUUCUCGGCCUUCAUACAGGCACCAGACUUGGCUGUGUGAACCUUACGAUUCAACAAAAACCUACCUCAGCCGGAAUGAAUGUGUUGCGGGAAGCUUUUAGGGACUUUACCUUCCCCUGUGCUCACAAUUACUUUACAUGCGGAGGAACUGAUUGGUUUGAAAAUUACAAGAUCAGGUGCCGCACUACCUCAGAUGUCAAGAAUCGUCUCUCUUCUCCUGCUUUUCAAAGCAAAACGAAAAAAGAAAAAGAAACGAGUAUCCAACAUAAAGCACUUCCAAAUGCUGAAGUUAAUGUUCUACCUCAAGAUAACAAUGUUAAUGUUGUCGCUGUUGUUGUUGUUGUUUGUCUGUUUAUUGCAUAAUGAAAAACCCUCUUUUCCCUCCUCUGUGAAAUCCCAGCUUCCCUCUGUUGAUGAAUAUGGUGUUUGUAGAUUCAAUGUCAGUACCUCAUGCAAGUUGACAGACUGAUAACACUGUUGUAUGAAUUACAGUAUGUUAGGAUGAUGUAUGAAUUAUGAUGUUCCAUUGUGACCCCCCUUCUUUUUUUUUUAGAUUUUAUCUCGUUCAAAACAUCAUAUUUUUUUCUUAAGUUGAAUGAAAAGAGCGUUAGAGAUACACUGCCCUGCUUAUGAUAUGUUCAGGACUAUUUACUGCUCCAGACAGGAUACACAGUUUUUAAUUGGACCAAAUAAUAUGACUUACAAACAUCAGAUAUGUGCCUAAAAUUAUUGUAUGAUUGAAUUCUGUGUGUGUCUGUGUAGAUUAUGUUUUAUUGAUUGAAUGAAUGUUUCCACACCUAUAUGAUGUUUGUUAAACAAUUUAUCAAAAUUCCCCAAAAUUUAAUUUCACUGUUGUGAGUGUAAUGACUUAAAAGAAUAGUUUGACAUUUUGGGAAAUUUGCUCGUUAGCCUACUUGCUGACAGUUAGAUGUUACCACUCUUACUACUAGCUAUGAUGCUAUAACUGUUAGCAUGCACAGAUUAACCAGCUAAGAUGUAUCUUGUUAAUUUUUCAACACAGUUUCCAGGGUUGGAAAUUAGCACCAGCCACCAGCCACAAUGUCAGGUGGAGUUCAUUUUCAACCCUGGGUAGAGGUGCUGUUGUGCAUAUCUUUGGACUUAAGAUAAAGCCAGGCUAGCUGUUUUCACCUGCUUCAAGUCUUUAUGGUAAGCUAAGCUAACUAGCUCUAACAGCUCUAGCCUCAUACUUAAAGGAAUAGUUUGACAUGUCGGGAAAUAUGAUUAGUUUCGUUGUGGUGGAAAGCUCAAUUAGAAGAUCGAUUCAACUCUCGAGUCUGUACAGUUAAUAUGAUCUAUGGCAACCAGAUGGUUAGCCUAGCUUAGCUUAGCAUAAAGACCUCUAGCCCCCAGCUCAUCUAUAGCACACUAAAUAAUAUAUUAUUUAUCUUGUUUGUUUAACCCAUUCAAAAAACAAUUUCACCAAUUGGCUGUUUUAUUGGGGAUCAUGUUAUGGACUAUUUCUCAGGCCCUCAGGAAUUGCACCAGGCUUUUUUUAGUUUUUUAGUGGCCAAACAGUGAAAUAGCGAUGUCCAGGUCCGUCACAUGAUGCCAUUAGGCCCAAAAAGAUCUUUUCCCAUAGACUUAAUGGUGAAAAAGACAUCUGUAAAUUCGUGGAUCAUUUUUUUUGAGCAUCACAACCCCUUCAAAAUGAAUCAUUUCACUUUUGGGAUUUAAUCCAUUCAGUCCAAUAAGAUUUCUAAAGUCUACAAGAACAGCACAAUUUGCUCCCCAUUCAAGUUAGCAGAGCGCUACACCAGAAAUUUUCCGCUCAGCUUGUGAGAAUCUGUAAUGCACUUGCUCUAUGGGCCCAAUGAUGUAGAAGAUCUGGGUAAUUAUGUACCCAUGCAGGCUUUUUUUGGCUUCAAGUGCCACUGAGCAACUUUCACAGGAAUGAAUGGGCCCUGCAUCCAGUUCUCUUUAUACAUCUAUACUAUUUUUUGACAGUGAGCAGUAGCUUCGUGAAGUCUCCACCAGUUGCCUCGCAACUUUUCAGACAUAGUUGACAGAGUGGUAACAUUCUUCUCUAACUUUUCACCCAACAGCAAAUGAGCUAAAAGAACUAUUCUUUUGGUUUAAAUAAGCAGCAGUGUAUUUCUAACCUCUCUCUGGAUAUUUGUUGCUGCAGUACUCUUAGUAAUAUUUUUUCCACAUCACAUUAUCUGCCUCCUUUUUGAACAAAAGUAGUAGCCUUCAGACUUACGGUGCCCAGGAGACAUGACAGUUGCUGAUCAUGCUUGACUAUUGUUACUCUCUUCCCAAACCCACAACUGCUGCUUAGCAUUCUCCCUCCUGACGACACUGACUAGUCAAAGUGCUUCAGGAACGCCGUGUUUAUAAUAUAGCUGGUUGUUGACAGCCACGGGCAGAGAGCUGGCUGAGGGAGAUAGACGGUCGUUGGUUGGCUCUACGAUCACAGGGCUUCUCUCUCCAGCUCUCCGCUCUGUGUCGUCACAUACUAUACAGGACUUGCUCUGAUGCAUCAUGGUAACCUACCUCAACCCUGAUUUUGGCCUUUCUCUCAGGUCUUUAUGAAGAAACAUACAGAGUAUGAACAAUGGAGGAAUACACACAUACGUAUAUAUAAAUGUAUAUAAAUAUAUAUAUUGCAAUUGUCGCCACAUGCUGCCACAGAAAGGGACACACAGUAAAACACAAACACACAAAUGGAGGGAGAACUUUUUAGGACCUUUAUCUCAUGCACUAACUAUGAAAAUGGUUCACGCUUAGUUUCUAGUGGAUGUGAAUGUGUAACUUUGGUUAUCAUCAGAUUUUUUUGAUUUUUUUUUUCAUAUCACAAGCUGUUAACUUUAUUUUUUUUCACUGGUGUUUGACUUAAUAUCCUCUGUUGAAAGUUUUUCCAUGGAUAAGUAAACUAAGGAAAGUAAUGUGGGCGGCACUUACAACUCGAACAUACAAACAAUUUAUUGAUUUGCCUUUCUGGCUCUUAAUCCAGAGCGUGACUCGUCAUUACCUUAACUAUUCUGCAUUCACGUGAUACUGUUCAGAUUGAUUUUAUGAGCAGCCGAGUGGGAGAAACCAUUGAUGUCAGACUCCUAGUUGUAAUUUCAGGUUGGUGAUAUCUGGAAUAUCUGACAGCUCCAAUAUCUUCCACUUAGCCAAAACAAGUAUGGAGGAACAAACUACAACUGUCACAUCCUCAGAAAAUCUAAAUCAAGUAGCCUAAAUUUGAUUAAGUAUUGUUCAAAACAUUGUAGACGUGACCUUGUUUCAUUCAUUUGCCGUCCCUCUGCUGCCUCACUGGAGUGACAAGUUUGCAAAGUCAGUAGACCAACCUUUUCCUUUAUGCGCGUUAUCCACAUCUAUGGGGUAAAAUCCAACAUUCUUCCUCUCAUCACCUCUCAGAUAGUUAAACACAUUCUCGCUCCGACCUCGUCACAUAUCGACAUUUGGUCAUGGAUCUUCCACGUCCAGAUACGACAUGAAAGGUACCCUGGGUGCGUUGGUUGCUGAUGUUCUGGGACGUUGUGUCAGGUCGGUGCUUGUUGGACCCAUCCACCAUCCCUCCUGCCCGCCCUACUUGGACUUUUGCCGCCUUAACUUUCGUUUUUUUCCCGCCAUGUCUCCACCUGAUGCCGCCGAGCACCGUUUGACUAUAACGACAACUGCCGUAUCAUGCCGACGUUAAAGAACGGCUUUUUUUCGUCAGUGUCUGACGCCGCAAGUCACUGCCAAGGCACAAAUUUCGACAACUUCAGAGUGAGACCGGGUUAGAUAGUUUGGUAUCGUCAGCUCAGCGCACUACUUUUCAGUUAGCUUUUUCCCUUUGACAUCGGCUCACUAAGAGGCAGCAGAGCAUGCAAUGCAAAGACGGACAGGGCAUUUUGAUUGCAGUUUAUUUGGCUGGAUUCGAAUGAGCUACACACGACUUGUAUGCAGUAGGCGAUUUGAGAUGGGACAAUGGGGGACGCCAACCCCCUUGUUAACCUGCCAUCCUUCUUCAUCCCCAGGCCUGGACCCAGACCUAUUACUGAUAAAUUAUUGACAAUUGUUCAGUUUUAACGAAGCGCUUAGUGACGCAGAAUUUGUAGCUUUGGUUGAGUGACCAAGAAACUCACAGACCAAUUACACAAGUUAAAUCAUCUCCUGUGACACUACUCAGCCAAUCAAAUCUGUGCAUUCCGAUCGGCAUUGCAGCUCCAGUGAAUGAGAUACUUACUCACAAGUCGGCUACUAGUUGAAUGUAUCUGGUUUCACACAACAAAUACUGAAUAAAUACAAAUACUACACUCUGUAAACCAGGCUAACAUUGGGGCUAGCAGCUUGGGCUAACGUGUAAAUACAGUCACAAUAACUGGAGGUUUUCCAGUUUUCCCAUUUUGUUAAUAUUGCAUGAAUGCAGCAUAAGGUGUAAUGACAAUAUAGGAAAUUGGAAAAUAGUUUUCAAAUUCGAUUUUUGGCUCAAUAUACAGUAUCAUAUGUUCUGAUCAUCUGCGACAUUCCACAUGAGAGUUGUUUGUGUCCCCACAGCCGAGAAUCACCUCCCAUCUUUGUGUGUUCUGCAUUAUACAGUUUCCAUUUUAGUGAUCAUCUUAGCAUCUGUGAUGUUAUGCCUUUUAAAUUUAUUUGUUCAUGCUUAUUUGUUUGCAGAUUUUUCUCCUUGCAUCAUUUCUUGUAUUUAAUUGUACACUGUGGUGUUAUUAUCAUGUUACACGUGUUGGAAAAACAGUAACGGUACUUGUCAAAAUAGCAGAACAAAUGCUCGAACCUAAAUGUCUCCUGCUUGUAUAUUUAUUAACUGCCAAUGUGAUAUUUUCUCUCCGGGGCUGCUGCAGCCUUAAUCAGUGUAUUUACUUCUACUGAGAGUAAUUUCACUGGGGAAACAAGUGGUGUGCUUUUCUUUCUUCCUUUCCUCCUUCCUUCCUCUGUCCCUCGGUGUAAUUUAGGGUUAAUCUCCUCCUGCAGGAAAUUGCCCACAUCUCACCCGUGGAUGUGACAGGUUUUAGUGCCAUACUGUUUAACCUGAUUCACUGGGUAUGUGGUGCAGUGACGAUCAUGUUUACGUGAUUAGACUUUAAUAGGUCAGGUUGUCCUUUUGCUUUAUAAUAUUCCAACUUGUGUGAUUAAACAGAGCCCUCGAAGCUGUUCUCGCUGACUGACAGUGCUCUAACUCCAUCACAGUUAGUGAAAAAAAGGGGCCUUUGUCUUAUAUAUUUUGCAGCCUUGGGAAGUGCUAUAUCACCAAACUCUGCUCCUGUCAGUUAGCCAGCCUCCUUUUUUCUUCGUUCAAGAAUCCUGACCUUUGGACAGGGAGAGUGUGUGCUCAGGGACUCUCUGAUCCUCUUGCUAUAUGUGCAUCAGCAGGCCGCUCUUGGCCUUCUGGGUUUUACAUGAUUUUACUCUUUAAAUUCUUCUUUGUGCCCAGUUCAGACAGAUUCACUGUCAGGGAUGCCUUCUUUGUCGGUCAUUUGCGUAACUAAGAGAAAGUGUUGGCAGCAUGUUCAAACACUUGUCCACAGUGUGGCUGCUCUGCUGGAAACAUAAAGGGGCAACUUCUCAGAAAAUAGUUCACUUGCUACCCUUGUGUGCCAGAGGAUGAUGAAAACAAAGACGUAGGGAUUAUACAUUAACAUAAGGUUGCAACUGCAGUGGAAAAAUUAUCUGUGACAACUUCAGGGAACUCUCGUUCACACGGAGAGUUAACAAUUUUUUACUCUCAGUGAAAGAUUACUGUUAAUGCCUCAAAAUCCCUCACAAAUCUGCCUGAAAUACCUCAGAAGCGAUCGACUUCUGUGUUAAUGCUCCUGCUCACUAUGGAAAUCAGAUAACUUAAAACCAUCUGUAGUUCCUAAUUUAUGUUGAUAUUCAUCCAAGAGCUUAAACAAGCAGUCAGUGAGUUGGUAAGUCAAUCAGCAGAAGAAAUAAUUGACAAUUUAGGUGAUUUUUAACGCAAAAAUGCCAAAAAUGAACUGUGAAAUUGUGAGAAUUUGCUGCUUGAAACAAAACAAACAUUUUAGGGCCUUUUCACACCCGAAUGUCUGAACCAAGGUCCAAACCAAGGUUCAUGUCUUUGCUACAUUGAACACAUUUGAUUCGGACAGUUUUGGUUUCACUCUGCGUUUAUACGAGCUAGGGAUGUUCCUGGGGACUAAUUUCCCUGUCGACUAAACGAAAAUUUUCAUUAAGACUAGUCGACUAGUCUAAAAAUUGUAUUCAGGCUCAACAUAUUCCAUUAACUUCCUGAAGCUUUACCUUCAGCAAACUUUAGUGGAAGCAUAUCUUGCAAGGUCAUUGUCGUGAUGAGCUGCGUUAUCUUGUCAGACCAGGCGGGAUCACAGCAGCAACGAUGUCAAAUUGUGGCUAGCACCGUUGCUUGAGUUGAAUGUGGUUAUGUAUUGCUCCAGUCGAGUGACUAUAUGCUAUGCCGUUUUUUCUGACACCGUCUACAUGCUACAUCGUUUCCAUUUUCUAGAUCAAAGUACUGCCAAACCGUGCUGGUUUUGAGAGAGGACAUCGCUCUUAUUUUCCACCGUACUGUUUUAAAACUCCAGUCGACUCGAGCAUUACCGCAGGGAGGGGACUGCUGUCUGACGGCUCUGUAGCCCCCACUAGUGGCGGGCGGCUGCAUGACAGUUUAGCAGCCUUGUACCUGAAUAAAACACUAAUUGGUUUAACCAACUAAUAUUCCUGGUGCUGACUAGAGAGGGGGAGGACGUUUAAUCAUUUAGACGACUGAUACGAGCGCACUAAAGAACUAUACAUGACACCUACGUCCUGUCAUCAUCACCUACGUAAGCUGCGUCUGCCUCUCGAAACCUCUCUCUGCCAUCCUCUUGGAGAAUGAUUGAAAAGUGUUUAAAAUUUUUUAGUUUUUCCAACUGACUCUAUAAAGUCGUAUCGUCCUCUCCUCAUGUGCAACCACGACUCAUUUUUUUGUGUCUGUUGUUCAUGGUCAACCUGACACCCUCACCGUACAUACAACCAACACCUGUCUGCUCUGAGCACAGCCACCGUCACUCUCUCUGUCACCUAAUGCGCAUACACUACGCUGGAGGCACUACACUACUCCUAUCACAUGCGAUAGCCUACCAAAACUUCCGUUAAUUGGUCUUAAAGUCUGAACAGUUCAAAGAUGUUCACACCAGAAACAAACCAAACCAUUUUCUAGUUUGAUCCUGACCACCUCUUUUCAACAGGUGUGUUUUGUCCAGACCAUGAUCCAGGGAAAGGUCUCACAUCUGUAACUUUGGUUCAGAUCAAACUGUAAAGUCCAAAACUCCAGAUCAAAUGAGGCAGGUGUGAAAGGGCCCUGACAGAAGUGAUAUUGAGCUUUAGAAACUUGUAAUUUUUCUGAUAUUUCAUAAACCAAACUAAUAAUUGACUAACAGAGAAAAUAACAGGCUGAUGAUUUGAUGAAACACAAAGAAUAACAGGUCUCAGCUGUCAUUCAUUCAUACUUGUUCUCAGGUUCUCACAAAGAAGGCAUCCUGAACUGGAUAUGUGCAGGAUUUGUUUCUCAUGGCCAGUAUAUGGCUCCAGCUGUUUAGACUAUGUGUCUGUGCAGUUCUCUGUCUUAUGCAUUAACUGAACACAGGUAACCAGAUCCAGUCAAGACAACAUUAGACUGACACUGUCUCACUGUAUAAUGUCUGUUAAGUACGAUGCUGUAACUCAAUGGUUGAUUUAAUGGUGAGGAUGUUUUGGGUAACCUGAAAUAUUCUCACUCUGGUUUCUCUAAAAGUCCAAAGCCUGAUGCAACUAGCCUCUGCUUGAAAUCUCAUUUACAUUAUGUGGUAUUGAUCGUUGUGGCACCACAUGAUCAUCCGAUAUGAUUGUGAAUUGAUUACAUUUCCGAUGCAUUUAUCUCUAUGGUGUUCUGCUCUGAGACCCUGAUGACUGUACAUGUCAAAUAAUGCUGAGUUUAAAGAUUUUCUGAGUGAUUUAUACUCUUGUCAAAUGGUGAUUUAAUGUAAAUGUACUUUAAUGUUUGAGAUCAGUAUUAUAUUUUAUAUACCUCUGUCAAGAAAGCAGAUUGAAUCCAAUGUGUUUAACGGUAGUAGGCAGAGAGAAACCUACAGUAGAUCUGCAUGAGAAACGAAAAAGCUAACGUGUUAUUUAAGCUGAAAUGAAAAGUGUUAGUUAAUCAUUAUUGGACUUGUGAUGGUAGCACUGUGAUAUUUAGCCGAAUAAUGGCAAAAUAAUGUUGUGAUCUCAAUAUGGUGACUACUGAUGGUCCCAUCUCGCAUUGUCGGUCAAUCUGUCUUGAUGGUGUCUGUUGAUGAAAACAGGUCGUGUGACCUUUUUCCGCUGACAAAUCUAAACCUGUCUCGCCCUCGCUGAUGCCUGAUGAUCACCUCAUCCUCAUCCUGUUCCCACCAGUCAUCCUCACAUGAGUGACUCAGGGUGAGGUCCUGUCAGCGCUGUUACCGUUUAAAGUGACAAGUUGUCUUCAUUUUCCUUCACAAACCAUCGUUGCUUGAGGUGAAUGUCUGUUCUGUAUUGAUGUUGUCAACACCAUCUAAAGCUGCUCGGUCAUCAGUAAUUUGGCCACUGAAAUAGAAAAAGAGUAGAGUCUAUUGGGCAGGUGAUCGAACCCACACACCUGUCCUGCGAGGUUAGCGUCAAACGUCAAAGUCAAUACCAGCACGUCAGUAAAGAGAUCAUUGUUUAAGUCUGCUUACAGAGACAUGCAUUGUAAAAUCUUCCUGUAUAGAGCGCCACAUUUAUGUUUGUGAUUCACAGUCUGAGCUUCGAUCCUGCACCACUGCAGGCAAAAGAGUAUUUAAUCUUAAAGGGAAAACGACGCUGAUAUAUUGCUGCCAUAUGAAACCAUGUAGGUGUAAGAAUAUUAGACCUGCUCUUGCCCAGUGUUGCUGGUUUGCAACAAGAAUUUUACUUGUGUUCAGAUUAGAAGAACUGAUGAGUGAUUUGUUUUAUUUAUUAAAACUAAAUUUUAUUAAGUUGGCCAAGAAAAGGAUUUGAAUUUGAAAUAUUGAAUUUGUUUUUUUUAAAUCUACAACUGUAAAACUUGCAAGUCGACCACAAGUGAAGUUUAAUCUCCAUUACUAGGUUUAAAGCCCCCAAAAGCUUGGUUUCAAAGCCCAAGUUUGGCUGUAUAACAUUAGAUAUUCAUGAUUAAAGAGGAAACAAGGUUGAAAUUCGUAAGGAAAAAAACAUAAUAAUAACAUAAGUCAUUUAUCGAGAGUUUAACUGGUAAAAACGUAGCUAAUCUGUUUCAUCAGGAUAUAUUUCAUCGACAGUAAAUCCAAACCACCCCACAACAUUAUAGAAAUAAAGCAAUUUAGCCCCGCCCACACCAAAAGGGAAAACAAUUAAUCGCCGCUCACUGACUGUAUUGCAUGAACGUACCUCCAUGUUUCUACCAUCUGCUAGCAAACAACAGAAAAUGCCUAAAAGCUGCUGUGUGGUGGGAUACACUACCAACAGCGCUAAGAACCCAGACCUAAGAUUUUACAAACUGCUGAACCGAAAUCUGAAAUUUGAUAAUCUAAAUCCAGAUUCGUGCGCAGAUGUACAUGACAUCAGUUUUUACCAACUCAGCCAUGCAUCCUUCAAACCAAUGAUGGGAGCAAAGUCAAAAACACAAAUACAGAAAUCACCAAAUUUGUUCUUACUUUGGCGGACAUGGGUUAAGAAAGCAUUGUGGUCUGUGUGUUGGCUCCGUUUUUAACUUUAUUGGCAUCAACCAGGAUUCCACCAGCAAAAUCAGGCUGUUUUUUUAUGUUUACCAUUCAUUUUCAUACAGAUUAAUAUAUUACAAAAACCACUGUAGAUUCUCACUGUAAGUCCUGCUGAAGCAGAUACAAUGAGGACAGUAAUCUUGGCUUUUAUGCUCAAAGAAUUGCAGUUUUUUUCCCCAGUACAAUAUGCGACCACAACAAAGGGCAAGAGAAGGUCUGUCAGCCAUUUUAUUCUCACCUCAUUAGAGUUGCUUUUACUGAUACUACAGUUCAUUAAAAACGAGUAGAACUUCUAUUUUAUCUAUGCAGUUUUAUUUUUAUUUUUAAAUCCUACAGGGUUCAAAUGUGGUGCCAACCUGAAACCAAAAACCAUAUGCAUUACCAGCUGCGUAAACUACUUGUUUAAUGUCACAAAACAAGCCUCAAUUGAUGCGUUACCUGCGUUCAAUUAGCCGAUCGACCAGUUGGAACAAAGGGAGCGCAAAUCUGUACAGCCAGCUCACGAUCACACAUCUAUCUAUCAGUGUCUGUCUGUCUGUCUGUCUUGUUAUAUGUCCGUCUGCUGAGGUCACUGCCUCCGUCUGCUCGUACUCUGUCUUCUCCCACAGUUUAAUUCAGGUCAAUAUGAGAUGAUUUAAUAAGCGUUCUCAGAGCAUUGUCAGGGAUCACUGCUGUAUGUUUCCACAAAGUUAUGUUUCUACACUCUCUCUAGACUAAGGUGUAAAUCUGUAUACAUAUCCACAUAUACAGUGUGUACUGUAUGUGUGUAUGUAUGUAUGUAUGUAUGUAUGUAUGUAUGUGUGUGAAAAGGCAAAAUAGACCAUUUUUAGUGGUUUGUAUUGUUUUAGGGUUCAUUGUGCAAAACUGAAGAAAAAAAACAAUAACAGUGAUAAUAAACUAGAUCUAGAAGUAAUGAA